CAACGAUCAAGUUGUCCGAAACUAGUCUGCACUCUGAAGUUAGACCAUAUGCUCAGCAGCAUACCCUUGCCGACAGAAGUAGAAAGUGACUUGUUAAAAAAGAAGUUGUUGCGGUUUUUAUUUAAUUUGUAUUAAAAUUAAAAAUUUUCCUGUUAAUCAUCAAGUUAGAUAAAACUUUAUAAAUUAAAAUGCCUCCUAAGAAAGGAAAAGGUAAGAAAACUGACGACUGGCCCAGUGAUGACGACGUGGUUGACCCGAUUAAGGCUGCGAAAAGUGGGAAAAAAACUGGGACUGACCAAGAAGAAACCAAGGUGCCAGCAAAAUCCAAAAGUAAGAAAAUGAGAAGCCUAAAAGCUGAUCUUGAACCAAGUGAUGAUGAGGGUCCAACACUGCCUAAGCCAUCUAAAACAGAAGCUCCUGUUCAGCCUGCCAAAGCUGCUGGCAAAAAAAAAGGUAAAGGCAAAAAAGAUGAUGAUGGCUGGAACAGUGAUCAAGAUGCACAAGCUGUUAUUGAUCUAAAAAAUAUCAAAGCUGAUGAUUAUGAAGAUGUCAAGCCCAAAACUAAAAGCAAAGUUAAAGCAAAGAAAAAGAAGGCAAAUUUUGAGAACAGCGAAGGUGAGGACUCUUCCAAUGAACAGAAGAAAGUUCCAGAAGAUGACGAUGAAGAUGAGGAAGAAGUAAAACCCAAAACUCAAGAAAAAAAUAAAAAGAGUAAUAAGAAAAAGAAUGCAAAAGAAGACAGUGAUGAUGAAGAGUCUUCUAACAACAAAUUUAUGGAAAUUCAACAAAAAAGUGAAGAUAAUGCUAGUGAUGUUGAAGAUCUGGGUCCAAAAUCUAAAAGCAAAAAUAAAAAAUCUAAGAAAAAAACAGCAGAAAAAGAAAGUAGUAACAAUGAUGAAGAUUCUUCCAGUGAGCAACCCCAAGCAAGUCAAGUAGAAGUGAAAAUGGAAGAAGAAAUUUCUAUUGUCGAAGAUUCUAAAAAAAAAUCUAAGAGUAAAUCCAAACAGAAGAAAUCUGCUAAAACAGAAGAUGUUGAAGAAAAACAGCUAGAACUGAAGAUGGAAGAACUAGCAGUGAAAGAAGAUCAAGACAACAUAAGUAAUUCUGAUGAAAACAGUGAUAAUGAAAAACAACCUGAAAAGAAGCAAGAAGAAAAAGUGAAACUAUCUCACAAAGAUAAGAAGAAACUAAAGAAACAGAUGGAAUAUGACAAACAAAUGGAUGUCAUCACCCGUAAAGGAGGUCUGGGGCACAGUGAGUUGGGAGACAAUUUCACCAUCUCUCAAGUUCAACAAUCUGACAAGAAGUUGGCCCAGUUGGAGAAUGCUGUUGACAUCAAAGUUGAAAACUUUAGCAUAUCAGCCAAAGGAAAGAGUUUAUUUUCAAAUGCUAGCCUGCUCAUUGCUCAGGGCAGAAGAUACGGACUUGUUGGGCCUAAUGGUCAUGGAAAAACGACCCUGUUGCGUCAUAUAGUUUCUAGAGCUCUGCAGAUUCCUCCUUCUAUUGAUGUUCUGUUAUGUGAGCAAGAAGUAGUUGCAGAUGACACUCCUGCAGUACAGGCUAUUCUAAAAGCUGAUAUCAAGAGAACAACAUUACUUGAAGAAGCUGAAAAGCUUGAAAAAGAACAACGCAAGGGAAAUCUGAAGGUCACUGAACGAUUAAAUCAAGUGUAUGAAGAAUUAAGGGCCAUUGGUGCUGAUGCAGCUGAACCCAAAGCUCGACGAAUUUUGGCAGGUCUUGGGUUCACUGCUGAGAUGCAGAACCGGCCCACCAAAAACUUCAGCGGUGGUUGGCGGAUGCGUGUUUCCCUUGGACGAGCACUAUAUUUGGAGCCUACUCUUCUCAUGUUGGAUGAACCUACCAAUCAUUUGGAUUUGAAUGCUGUUAUUUGGUUAGACAAUUAUCUUCAAGGUUGGAAGAAAACCUUGCUCAUCGUAUCUCACGACCAGUCUUUCUUAGAUAAUGUCUGUACAGAUAUUAUUCACUUGGACAUGGAAAAACUCUUCUACUAUAAAGGAAACUAUUCCAUGUUUAAGAAAAUGCACUUGCAGAAACGAAAGGAGCAAAUCAAAGAUUAUGAAAAGCAAGAGAAGAGGCUGAAGGAACUGAAAUCCCAGGGUCAGUCGAAGAAGGCCGCCGAGAAGAAACAAAAAGAGGCUUUAACGAAAAAGCAAGAGAAAAAUAGAGCCAAGCUACAGAAGAAUGAAGAUGACUCCACUGGCCCCGUUGAGCUGAUGCAGAGACCUAGGGAAUAUGUUGUCAAAUUUCGUUUCCCUGAACCUCCGCCAUUGCAGCCACCUGUUUUGGGAAUUCAUAACGUCACUUUUGGCUAUGAUGCACAUAGGCCACUGUUUAAAACUUGUGAUUUUGGUAUCGACAUGGAGUCUCGAGUAGCUAUUGUUGGUCCUAAUGGUGUUGGAAAAUCUACAUUCUUGAAACUCUUGGUCGGCGAGUUGUCACCUCAACAAGGAGAGCAAAGGAAAAAUCAUCGAUUGCGAAUCGGAAGAUUUGACCAGCAUUCCGGAGAACACUUGACUGCCGAGGAAACCCCAGCCGAGUAUUUGAUGCGAUUAUUCAAUUUGCCUUAUGAAAAAGCCCGAAAGCAAUUGGGUUCCUUUGGAUUGGCCUCUCAUGCUCACACCAUUAAAAACAUGGAUCUCUCUGGAGGUCAAAAGGCCCGUGUCGCCCUAGCGGAGCUCUGCUUGAAUGCUCCGGAUGUGUUGAUUUUGGAUGAACCGACAAAUAAUUUGGACAUCGAAUCUAUCGACGCUCUGGCCGAAGCCAUGAACGACUACAAAGGUGGCGUCAUCAUCGUCUCUCACGACGAACGGUUGAUUCGUGAAACGAAUUGUCAACUCUGGGUCAUUGAAGACCAGACGAUUAACGAAAUUGAAGGUGGAUUUGACGAUUACCGAAGGGAAUUACUCGACAGUCUAGGAGAAGUCAUCAACAAUCCUAGCGUUGCAGCGAAACUGGCAAAUGAAAACUUGUAAAAAUUGAGCACUAACAUCAGAUUUUGACUUCGUGUAAUCUGCUCGCUGGAUUGAGAAUAAACAUAAAAGAGAAAUGUA